UCUCAAUAUGUCUCAUAUUCAUCUAGUAUUGGAAAUCUUUGUGUUAUGCACCAUAUUUUUUGUGCAUCAAGGCCUGGCAGAUCAACUUACUCUAAAUACCCAUGAGGAAAAUAUGGAUGCAUCAUCGAUGCUCAAUAGUAUGAAGGAAAACCCAACAAAUUCACAAUAUAUGGAUUGCAAUUUUAGUUCAACGGAUAUUAUAUAUAUGCCUCAGAUAUCAUAUGCACAAGCUUUACCAUCAAAAAAUGAUGAUGACACAAAAUAUUAUUUUGCCGUACAUUUGACGGAUGAUAAUGACAAGGGAUACUAUGGAAUAUCUGCUAACAUGGAUGUGUAUGGACACAAUCUUAAUGUCGGGCAACUGUCAGCGGGUGCAAUUUGGAUUCAUAACUGGGAAGGUGAUGUUAACAAAAAACUCAAUACAAUUAUUGUUGGUUGGGUGGUUUGGCCAUAUCGGUUUAAUGACUCGCGUACUCCCCUUUUUACGGUUUGGACAAAAGAUAAUCAUCGAAGUACAGGGUGUGUCAACCUUGAUUGUCCUGGCUUUAAAGUCGUGAAGGGGUCCCCCAUAUCUCCCGGUGAUAUCAUAAGCCCUAUCUCUGGUAUCAGUAGGAAACGCCAAACGAUUACUAUUAGAGUGUCCAAGGAAAGUUCAAGUGGGGACUGGUGGUUGUACUAUGGCAUCAACGGUGUCCCAAUUCGAGUAGGUUACUUCCCAGCAUCACUAUUUGAUAGCUUAUCUACGAAAGCCACUCAAAUCUCAAUUGGAGGCCAUGCUCGAAGUACUAAAAAUACUAUAGCUCCUCCUAUGGGAAGUGGAGCCUUUGCCUCUAACCCUGGUCAAGCUGCAUCUAUCCAUGAUAUCUGGCUCAUCCACAAGGAUCGUAGAAGCACCCCAAUUGGCAAUGAUGCACGCACUAAAGUUACAGAUGGCAAGCUCUACUCUGCUUCACCCAUAGGAAGAGCGCAAUUCUUUUAUGGAGGACCGGGAGGGAAAUCUUAGUGAGGUGGAUCCGAGGACCUAUGUAAUGCAAUGCAUGAAUAAAAGAUUGUAAGAAAAUAUGCUAGUUUAUAUAGUUCCUUGGUUGUACGGCGAUCGUUAUUGGCCUGAUAAAAGUUCGUUGAAGUUUGGCAAUGCAUCACCAUAUUUAGUCUC